UGUGCCCAGUUGCUCAUUAUGCCAAGACGAGUAGCUAGAGAAAUGCCAUUUGGAAAAAUGACAAGAAAGCUGCCCCCGAUUUCCUCAUCUCAGCCCCAGCAUACAACUUCCCGCUCUGUCCCCUCAUACUCUCGUUUCCCAACGCAUCUUCCUCCCCUGCCUCCGAAAACUUCUGGCUGUCAGACUGUUCCCCAGUGCCAUCCACUUCCCUCAGUUUACAGCCCCACCUCUUUCCCACCUCUGACUAGAGUCAUCCCUUCUUGCUACCCUACCUUACCAGUUUCCCUGCCCAGCUCUUCCUCUGUUCCUUCCAGACCACCCCCUCGCCGCUCUGUUCACCUCGCACCUCUUUCCUGUUACUGUUUUGUCUUGGCUCCUACUCCCCCUCCUAGCCCUUCUUUCUAUAUCCUUGGAGUCGGGUUCUCCCCAGCACUCCAACCAGCCCCAACCAGACCUCCAUGAUUCACAAAUCUCAUCCUGGAGGAAUGGUUUCCCAGCAAGUGGGACAGUUCUGGUACAGUCCAUAGGUGCUAGGACUGUGGAUCCCCAGGAGCCUGACCUGAUGAACAUCGGGAAUUUGAGAGAAUGGCCAGCCAACAUCCAUUUUGGAGGUUGGUUUCCGUGACCUAGGUCUCUGCAUCUGCUUCCAAUUGAGAUGGUAACACAGAGAUUUCAAGAGAAAUCUGCAACCUCAGACACUGGAUGAGAAACUAGAGGGCCAGACCUCUUCAGCUUUUUCAAUACAUAGUCGGGGAGUUUAGAAGCACACUGAUGGCUUGCAAUGGCCCAAGGAAAUGACUGUCCAAGGUGAGGAUCAAUCAAGCCCAUUACCUCCGGGGUCUGCCGCUGGACGGCAUCCUUUCCUGACGGUAUGCAGGGGCGGUCCUAGUACCCAGGGUCUUGAGAAGCUGGGAAAGGAGAUGGCAGUCUCCCCGCACCCGCAAGCCAUCCAGGGCAGUGAGAAGUAGUUGGACGGAUCUGAUCGGAGCCCCGCCACAGUCAUGGCCGGUCGCCAAAAGGAGGUGAUCAUCGAUGAGGUCCAUCAGAACCAGAUCCUGCGCGAAUUGUACCUCAAAGAGCUUAGAACCCAGAAACUCUACACAGAGUACCGCGUGAAUCCCCUCCGCAAGGUUCACACAAUCACCAGAAAGCCCAUGUCUUGGCAUGAUAACCUGGAGGAACCUGAAGAUGCCAGGUUUCUAAAUCUUCUUCACCAUGCUGCCCUGGGGCCAAGGAAGAAAUACCCAGAGACACAGACUGAAAGCCAAGAGAUCGGAUGGGACUCAGAGCCCUUGAAUAAGAAAAGAAAAAGAAAAAAGUGGAACAGAUGGACAGGCAAACAGAAAGGAAUACAAUGGAAAUUACAUCCAGUUUCCCCUAAAGUCAAACUAUGAAGUACUUUAUAGUCUGUACCUAAGCAGGUGGAGAGACUUGUGUUCCUCUAGAGCACAGUUGGUGAGUUGGCCAGGGGUUGGUGUAACAACUCCAUUUCUCCACUAGAUGGUGCUGCUUAGCUUACUGGGGUGGAUUGUUGUGGCACGUGUGUAUAU